AUGGAGGCGGUGAGUGCUUCGCACGGUGUGUUGGGUCCCCUGCUGGGGAAGCUCACCGGUUUGCUUGCCGGUGAGUGCGCCCGCCUGAAAGGCGUCCGCCGAGAUAUCCGCUCGCUCAAAGCUGAGCUGACAUGCAUGCAUGGCGCGGUCUGCAAGUAUACAAUGCUGCAAGAUCCUGACGUCCAGGUGAAGGCGUGGAUAUCCCUGGUGAGGGAGCUGGCCUACGACAUCGAAGAUGUCAUCGACAAGUUCAUCCACCAGCUUGGUAAUGGUGUCCAGCAUAAGCAUGGCUUCAAAGAGUUCUUCCGCAAGACCGCUCGCCGGCUCAAGACGCUAGGCUCUCAUCGUGGAAUCGCUAGCCAAAUCGAUGAUCUAAAGAUUCGCAUCAAGUAG